AUGGCAGCUGUAAUCGGCGACUACAUUUCCGACCACCCUUCCCACUUUCACACCAUGAUAGCCUCGUCAGGCCUGUCCCGCCAGCACUCUCACGAUUCGCGAUACCGAUCAGCCAGCCAUUCUCGAGACUCACCUUCCGCCCGCCGCCCGUCCGCCAGCCCGCGAUACCAACCUGCCGUCAGCACCGCGUCCGUCUCGCGCCAGAUCGUGCAAGACAGGAAACCCACCGACCCCCCAGAGAAGCGAACCGCCACCACGGAUAGCGCCUCACGAUUUCCGACCCCUCCAUCGUCCUCCUCUCCUAGCCACACCGUCGCCAACGCUGGAGCCCAGCAUGCUAGCGACCGCGGCAUCGCAUCACAGGCUCAAAGCGCCACACACUCUGGCUCCACCACCGUCGUAGGGCCCUCCACCACCAUGGCUCCCCAUCAGCAACAGCCCUCGCCCGCUUCGGACGUUCAGCCAACCCUCACCACUUCGUCUCCGAACGACAGCUACCUCGUUGACGCGACGUCCCCGCUGGAACCGCCAUCAGGCCAGACGAUCCAGGUCCGAGACCUUGCCCAUAUUCAGAGUCUGGCGCGAGCCGACAUGAUCAACGGCAGCGGCAUUUUGAACGAUGCCCCUGCCCAGCAGGUCAAGUACGAGAUCAGCGGCAUGCCCAUUGGCGACAUUAUCGAGAUGGUGGCGGCGCUGCUCACGAAGAUCACAACCACCAACGACCUGCAGCACGACGCACUGCAGCGCAACGUUGCGCACCAGCAGCAGGCCAACCAGAACGGCGAGGCUGGCAGUGGAACCCAGAUGAGCCCGCUCAGUACCUCGGUGCUCGCUUUUCACGGCAAGAACGUCCCCGCCAUUACAAUUCUGAGCUAUCUGUCUCGCAUUCACAAGUACUGUCCGACAACGUACGAGGUCUUCCUCAGCCUCCUUGUCUACUUUGACCGUAUGACGGAGAGGGUAAACGAGAUGGUGGUCAAGAACGAGGAGCAGCGACAGGCCAACCCUGAGCCUGCGCCCGCCGAAGCUUCCAAGUCGAUCGACGUGGACAUGGAGGAUGAUGGAGAGAGCGACGAGAGCGCUGAAACAGACUCGGACCUCGCAGACGACGAUGACGAUGACGACGAGACGCCUUCGAGUGCGAAGCGGCGCGACAGUGAAAAGGGACCGAUCAUCACGGGCGCGGAUCCCGGACCGAAUAUCGGACCUGCCACUUAUUUUGUGGUUGACAGCUUCAACAUUCAUAGGCUGAUCAUUGCUGGGGUGACUUGCGCAAGCAAGUUCUUCUCGGAUGUGUUCUACACAAACUCGAGAUACGCCAAGGUUGGUGGAUUGCCUCUCGCCGAGCUUAACCACCUCGAACUUCAAUUUCUUCUUUUAAACGACUUCCGACUUGCGGUCCCCGUCGAGGACCUCGAGGCCUACGCCACCAUGCUUGUCGAGUUUUACGCUCGCGAGGUGGUGGUGCCACAGCAGUCGCGACCCGCAGCAGCGGCCGCGGAUGACGCCUAG